AUGGCCGCCCAGGCCAACGGAAGGGCGAAGAAGUCCAAGCAGAAUGGCAGUUUGAACGGUUCCACCAAUGGCACUGCCAACGGCCACGCAGACAAGACGCAGCUCACGUCGCGGUCGGCACGAUCACGAAAGCCAAAACGAGGCCUUGUGGGAGCUUUCACAAGCAUGAUUGCCAGACUAUCCACGUGGUAUCUCAUCAUCACCUUCCUGUUCCGGUGUCCCACAUCGCUCCACCAGCUGAACGACGACUCUCCACGCGUAUGCAAACCCUACUUGCAGACCCGAUCCUACGCAGCGCCCUAUCUCGACCCAUACUACGAGACCUAUGUCGCCCCGCAGAUUGAAAAGGUCAAGCCCUACACCACGCCAAUUACAACAUUCGCUCAGGACAACUACGCUACCUACGGUGCACACAGGGUCGAGCAUGCGAGGAAAUAUGCAGAGACGCAAUACGACAAGUCGAUUCGGCCCCAGCUGCAGAAUGUCCAAAAGCAAGUCAAGGGACAGUACGAUGUAUACCUGGGCCCUCAUGUCAAGAAGGCGACUGAUGUUGCUGCUCCAUACUACAACGACCUCAGGACUAGCUCUGAAGACAUCUACGUCCAUACUCUGCUGCCAGCCUAUGAGCAGUCUAAGCCGUACCUCCAGCAGGGUCACGCCUAUGGCCAUCACGUUCUCGUCGAUAUUGUCUAUCCCCACGUCCAUACUGCAAAGGAUGCCACCUGGGCCUUCAUUCUCCGCACUGUUUGGCCCCAGCUGCGCGUGCUAUAUGGCGAUAACGUUGAGCCUCAGUUGGUCCGUAUCUCUGAACGCCUAGGCCGCUACAGGGACCAACAGAAGAUCGAGUCCGUUGUCUCUGCUGUUGAUGCCGAGACUGUCCUUUCAACAGAGUCUAUCAAGGACACUCCCACCAUCGCCAGCUCCUCCGCCUCCAUUGUACCUCCUCCCAGCUCUACCGAAGGGUCUGGUUGGGGUGUGCUUGAUGAGUUCUUCGGCAGCGAAUCAGCAGCUAGCACCGCCUCCGGUGAGCUUGAAGCAACUUCUGUCAAGCCUUCUGAGCCCAAGCUCACUGGCGCUGAACUGCAAGAAAAGCUCAAUCAAGAUCUCCGUGAUUGGCAGACCAAGUUCGCUACAGCGGCAGACAAGGGUUCCGAAGAUCUCGAGGUACGCGUUGCAGAAAUCACCAAGCGACAGAUUGACAAUGCUGUCAAUGGACAUGGCAAGGCUCUGGUUGUUAAGCUAGAAGAGACUGCCGACUCCACCAUUGCUAAGCUGAAGAGCUACAUUAAGAAGACUAUUCAAUCUCUUCCGGAAGACGCUACCGAUGCCGACCUAGAGGCUGCGUACGAGGAAUGCGGCACCAAGACUCGCGAGUUCGGCCUCACAGUCAAGGAGCGCGCCCAGGACAUUCGUGUUUGGAAGGCAUCGUACGACCAGGAGACUGAUUCCCUAGUACAAGCUGCCGUCAGGAGCACUGUCGAAGUGCUCGAGAAGAUCCACAGCCUCGGUCUCCAAGAAGUAGGCAUGCGAUGGGCAUGGACUGACGGAGUUACGUACAAGGACUGGCAGAACUACCACAAGCUAAGGAACACACUCAACGAGUGGCAGGCCGAAGUCGAAGCCGUUGGUUCAAGACACGAAGGUCUUCGCCUUGCCCAUGAGGAGUCCAAGAAGCUCGAAGACAAGGCCAUGGCUAUUGCGUCAGAUAUGGUUGCCGAGCUGGUACGCUUGAAGGAUGUUUCCAAGUCCAAGAUCUGGGCCGGCGAUGCCAGUGACGAUUUCUCUGACAAAGUCUUCGCGCCCCGUGUCCGCAAGGCUGCUCAGCAAGUCAUGGAGAACGUUGAGGGAGCAUCAUCUCAGGUUGCCGAAGCGAUCCAAGGCAGCUCCACACCGCUUUCCGAGAGCAUUGCAUCCUCCGCCAAGAGUAUAUACUCUGAGGCUUCUUCGCAGGCAUCCGAAGCUAUUCAGGGUAGCUCAACACCCCUUGCUGAGAGCAUCGCUUCAUCUGUCAAGGACGCAGCAUCCAAAGCCUCAUCGCAGGUCUCUGAGGCUGUUUCAGGCAGCUCAACCCCACUUGCUGAGAGUGUCGCAUCCUCUGUUCAAGACGCAGCGUCUCAAAUCUCGUCCAAAGCGUCUGAAGCUAUCCAAGGUACACCUCCAUCUGAGAGCUUGCUGUCCAAAGCUUCCUCCAAGGCAUCUGAAGUGAUUGACGACACGGCCUCCAAGGCUUCUGCAGCCUACGAAUCGCCCAAGAAAGUAUGGGGUGGCGCUAAUGCGCAAAUCCUCGCCGAGGCAAAGGAAAUCGUAUUGGAGCAACCUCUGGACGAUGACGAUGAGGACGACACGUACUCCAGCAAAUUGCAGAGCGUCGUCGCCGACGCUGGAGAUCGCGCGGCUGAGAUAAGCCGAGCAGUCAGCGAAGCGCUCCUAGGUGCUACUAAGACCCAGGGCACGGUCGAAUCCGCCUCGUCAGUCGCAAGUGAGCAGUACGCCAAGGCUCUUGCUGCCGCGUCGAGCGCUCUAUAUGGUACCGAGCAACCGGCCGUUGAGAGUGCUACCAGCGUUGUAGCCGACAAAUACGCUCAGGCUGUGACUGCGGCAUCAUACGCCAUCUAUGGUACCCCGACACCCACGGCGAUAAUCCAGACUGUUCAGAUUGAGGCAAGCUCGCGCUACAACGACGCCGUGAGUGCGGCAAGCAAGCAGUUGGAGAAUGCAAAGGCCCAGCUGUCUCUCUUGGUCUCUGGAGAACCCCAGCCUGCCCACCAAACCAUGCUUUCUUACUUUGAGCAAGCCUAUUCCGAUUCUCUCGCAGUUGCCAGUGAGCGGUUGUCCAACGCUAUGAAGUACACUGAGUCGGUGAAGAGCUAUGCCGCUGGCCCUACUCAGGGCUACUUUGAGUCGGUCUCCUCUAUUGCGUCCUCCCGUCUCGCCGAAGGCCUUAGCCAGGCUUCCGCCCAAUUCUCGCCUCAAUCUACUGGCGUUGCCGACGGAGCUCGUCGACAGUACUAUGAAGCUGUAGGCCUUGCCCACGCCCGGUACUCUGAAUUUGUUGGCGCUGCAUCAACCGCUGUAUACGGUUCCCAGCAAGGAACAGUUGAGUCUUUGGCUUCGGUUGCCUCUGCAUCUGCAGCUUCUGCUGCAUCCGUGGUAUCUGGAUCCGCCGAGUCCGCGGCGUCUUACAUCUCUGGAUCAGCACAAUCGGCCGUCUCGAACGCCCAGGCUGCUGCCGAGUCGGCCGCUUCCCAAGUCAGCUCCGGUGUCAUCGGCUCUGAAACCCCCUGGACCGAGUCGGUAGCCUCCCAAGCCAGCCAAAACUGGGAAGAACUCAUCGCUCAGGCGAGUAGUCAGGUCUACGGCCAGCCUACGCCAUGGGCAGAGUCUGUUUACUCUCAGGCUGGCGCAUAUGGUGCUCAGGCCACCGCAGCUGCCGCUUCACAAUAUGCCGAGGUUCAGGCUCUUAUUUCGGAGCUAGUCAUUGGGAAAGAGCCCGACUUCACUGAGAGUGUCAUGAACCGCUUCGCGUCCGCAUACUCCACAGGUUUGCCUGCAGCCAUGGCUUCUGCCCAAUCCUACGCCAACGAAGGUAUCAACGCUGCUAGCUCGUACGCUGGUGACGGUUACGAAGCCGUUACUGACGCUGCUGCUGACGCGUACGCUUCUGCUUCGUCAGUCGUCAGUGCCGUCUUCACGCCCCCAGCCAUGAUCGAAGACGUUUUGAGCCAAGCUAGUGCGUCCUUGGAUCUCGCCGUAGAGAGUGCUUCUAUCGCUCUUUACGGAACCCCCAAGGGUGCUGCAGAGCAGGCCAGCGAAUCAGUUGCGAGCGCCUACUCUUCUAUCCAAUCUCAAGUGAGUGAGAAGGUUUAUGGUACACAAUCAGCUCAGGACAGCUUUUCAUCUGCCGCCGUGUCUGCUCAAGCUGCCAUCAGCGCAGCUAUCUUCGGUACGCCCACUGCAGGCGAUUACGUUGCAUCAGCUACAAGCGGUGCCGGUGGUGUCUACAGCUCAAUUUCCUCCGUGGCCAGCGCCAACGCCGAGUACGUUGCUUCUGCCGCUAGCGAGAACGCAGCCUAUAUCUCCUCAGCAGCCAGUUCGGCCGUCUAUGGACCCGAACAAGGAGCCAUGGAGUCUGCAAACAGUCGGAUCGCCGACGCUGUGGCCGCCGCCAACAGCCGUAUUGCCUCUAUGUACGCAGCUGCUUCCGGUAGCGCUGAGGAGGCUGCCAGCAGCAUUUCCAGCGCAGCUACUCAGGCCACCCAAGCGGUAAAGGAUGAGUUGUAG